AUGCCGACGGCGUCGCUCGGCAAGCUUCCAAAUGAUAUACUUUUAGUGCUAGCAGAGUUCCUCAGCGAUGCCAGCAUCAACGCCCUCGCGCAGACCAGCCGCCGAAACUAUGAUGCAUUGGAUCACGCGCUUUACAUACAAAACGCACGGAAAGGAAACUGCUCGGCCUUGCAAUGGGCCGCUUACUAUGGCAUGCUGGGCACCGCCAGGAAGGCUCUCGCGGCUGGCGCCAACCCCAACACCAUGCGACAACGGAAUUUCAUGCCGCAUCCAUACGGCCUGAGAGACGACAUCUAUCAGUCAACUCCGCUGAAGCAAGUGCCGUAUACCAGACCACUUGUUUCAACCGUCCGAAUGGGUAGAGUGGACUUUGCAUCUACGCUAAUCGAAGCCGGCGCAUUGGUAGACGUUGGCCGUGAAGAAUGGGCCGCCCAUAUACCGUUGAUAUCCGCAUUCGACACUGACAGUCUGGUGAUGACGGAGUUAUUGAUGGCAUCGGGACAGAUUGACAUCAACUCUCAUCAGUGGCUUGAUCGCGGCUAUAAUCUACUGAGUUUCGCAAUACUGCACGCGGGUAUUGAAAUCGUCCGAUAUCUAUUGGCUAGAAUGGAUACCCCAGACGCUUCUUCUCGGUACCUUCCAUUCCCACUCAUUACUGCAGUACGAGAGUUGAGGGCGGAUUUGAUUCCAACACUACUCGCCUCGACGAAAAUCGACCCCAACAGAGCUGACGAACACGGUCGUGGGCCGUUAUGGUGGGCAGUUCAAAAAAAAAAUAAACCUAUCAUACAGCUUCUACUGAAUUCCGGGGUAGUCGAUACCAAUGCGAUGGAUGAUAUUGGACAAACAGCGAUAUCUUUGGCAGCCGAGAACGGAUACGAGUCUCUGGUGUAUGUUCUUCUUGCGACACCCAAUGUCAACCCGGUAUUGGCCGGUAACGAGAACAUGAAACCUAUUGUGCAUGCCCUCCGCAAUGGUCACACUUCGGUGAUAAAAGCUCUGAUGACGUCAAACAGAAUCAGAGCCGACGUCGGUACACUGUUUUGGUUUGCGUGCAAAUAUCAGAAUCAUCAAAUGCUCAAAGAACUGAUGGAAUUCGAAAGGGCGGAAUGGAGCGCCACUGAUGCGCAAGGGAACACUUGGCUGCAUUCAGCAGUCACUCAUGGCCUCACAGAUAUUGUGAAGACCUUGAUAAGCCAGCAACAUAUUGACAUCAACGCGCAGAGGCUCGAUGGUGCAACGCCUUUGAUUUGUGCCCUUCAAAACAAACGAAGGGCUAUCACUAAAGUCUUGUUGCAGGCCAACGCAGAUGUCAACAUUGCUACCAAUAAUGGCCGUUCACCUCUCUUCUACGCCGCCAAAAGCAGCAGUGAGACCUUGUCAAUAGAGCUGCUGAAGCGAGGCAGUCAUGUCGGUGCAGUCACAAAUACAGGCGCCACAGCGCUACACCAGGCUUGUGAGUAUGGCAUGAGCAAGGUCGUCCAACUGCUCCUCAAACAUGGAGCUGAUCCGCUGCACCGUGAUGGAAUGGGAGAUACACCUCUUCAUAUGGCCUGCGCCUGUCGCUGGGAGCAGAUAGUCCGGAUCUUGCUAGGUGUGAUUCCACGCUCCGACCGGGUAUUAUCAACUGCUCGGACACCGCUACACGACGCCUGCCGAUCAGGCCAUACCGGCAUCGCCAGACGAUUACUCGAGCAUGGGGCUGAUCCGCUAGCGAGACUGCCCAACGGGCCUACACCGCUUGAGUAUGCAUGCACCGGUCAUCCGCUCAUCGCCAAGAUGCUGCUGGACAAGGGUGCCGAUCCUCUUCAAAGAUCUUCUACAGGCCACAGCCUCCUUUGGCGGGCAUGCGUGAAUCAGAGCCCCAAGGUAGCGGCUCUUCUACUUCAAUACGGAGCUGAUCCCAAUGCUGUUGAGACCGGCGGCACUACUCCGUUCAUGGUAGCUUGCCGAACAGGCAGCCUGUCUUUAGUACGCACGCUACUCAAUCACGGGGGAGACGUGACUGCUGUUCAAGCGAAUGGUUCUACUGCGAUGCAUGAGCUCUGUCGCAGAGCACACGGGUCUGGCCUGUACCCGGUGCUCGAGCUCAUGGUCAAAAAGGGUGCGGAUAUCAAUGCCAGGACGCAACAAGGGCUCACACCUUUGCAUGAGAGUUGCCAUCGCGGGAAAGAAAUAGUGUCGGCACUUAUCAAAGCUGGGGCAGAUGCGCAGGCCGAGUAUGUCGAUGCCACGACCUCACGACGCAAAACGCCCAUUCACAUAGUAAGUGGAAACCCUGAAAUCGGUCUAGAUCUUCUUGCUCUUCUCAACAGCAAGUCGCGAAUUCCAGUGGCAGACUUGGAGACCCCGGGAUGGACACCACUGCAUGAAGCAGCUUCUGCAACCCACGUCGAUGCGGUAGAUUGGCUCAUGGAGCAUGGCAUGAACCCAAUGGCAGUGGAUGAGAAUGGACGCACGGCACUGCAUCAAGUAUUCGACCGAUCCGAUGCAAACUGGGACGAGUCGUGCGCUUGCGAAUGUAUAUCGGCGCUUGUCGAAUCAGAUGAGGUGGACAUUAACCACAGAGACAAUGAAGGGAAGACUGCUUUGGGGCUGGCGGGGGAUGCACCGAAAAGUCUACGCACACUCAUGAUCAAAUUAGGGGCAGAGGAAUGA